UAGACGUGUUCGGACUCGCUAAUUUCGGAAAUCGACGCCAUCAUCGGGACUUCCGGUGUCCUUGAGGUCACACAACUCUUCAGCUCUGCCAUCUACACGAUAAUGUGGCAAAUGGUGGAGGGUCGGAUAAAACCCGGGGAUGAGGACGACAUCAAAAUGUUAGUCGUUAAAAGCGACGCUUUUAUUCGAUCGAGAAGUCGUGGGAGUGGAAUUGUCAAUUCGUUCCCCUUUUUGAGAUUCGUCUUCCCACAAACUUUGGGAUACAAUGAUCAAAUGGCGUUUUUCAACAGUUGCAACAAAGUAGCCGGAAAACUUUACCUCGACGCGGAAUCCAGACUGAAGGAAAAUCCAACCUCCACACCGACCAAUUUAGUGGAAUCAUUCGUCAAAAAUUUCUCAAAUGAUGCAAAAAUAUUUUGUCGCGAAAACUUCCAAAUAGUUUUUCAAGAUUUGCUCAUCGGCAGUACGGACACGUCCAGCUCGUUCAUGGAGUGUGUCAUUCUCUACUUGAUUUCCUAUCCAGAGGUUCAACAGAAAAUUUACGAAGAAAUUGUCGCAAUUCAAGGGGGUCCGGGAGAGAACAAAUUUAUUACAUUUUUGGAUAGAAAGAGCAUGCCAUAUACGCAAGCGUUCCUCCUGGAAUUACACAGGAAUGCGAAAAUUUUGCAAAAUUCAGUUCCUCGAAGAGCCCUGUGGGAUUUCAAGUAUAAGAAUUACGUCAUUAAGAAGGACACGGUAAUCCUGACCGAUAUGCGUCUCUACUACGAGGACAAAUCCAUCUGGCAAGAUCCCGAAACAUUUCGUCCAGAACGAUUUUUAACUUCGAAUCGCGAAAUUUGCAAUGCUGCAAACAUCAUUUCUUUCUCCGUUGGAAAACGAAACUGCCCAGGAGAGCUGUACGCAAAUCUGGUGACGUUUCUCUUGACCACAAUUAUCGUGGGACGAUACAAGCUCAGCGUUCCCGUCGGCCAGGAAAAACCAAGGCUCGACCUGAGACCUGGGUUCGCCUUUAAGCCGUACCCAUUCCAGGCUACGUUCACAAAACGAUAACCAAUCCGAAAAUACUUGAUGACUAAAAAAAUCUUAAAACAUUACAAUUAAGAAAUACACAUAUUAUUUGACCUCAUUAAAAUCUAGCAAUUACCCAACUUUGAUAGAAAUAAUUUCAAAAAAUUGGAAAAAAGUAAUAAAAUAUAGUCUCAGCCUCAACGAGGACUCGAUGACUAAUCGUCAAAAUCGCUA